GAUUGAGGCCAUUGAUUAGUAACGAGCUCACAGUGUGUCUGAUGGAGGAAGUCCCCGGCGAUGGACUGGGGGAGAGCCGUCGGCGCCGCCAGGAGGUGGCGGCCCCAUUUCUCUCUAAGAAGUUUCCUGGGAGGAGCUGCGCUUGCGGUCCUCUUGAUCUCCGCGUUCUCGACCUUCUUCUCCCCCAGAAGCCCGGGCACUGCUGGCCGCUCUCGACCUCAAUCCGGAGGACGCUGCAGCUUCCCGGCGAUCUUCAACUUCGGCGACUCUAACUCCGACACCGGGGGCAAAUCCGCCGCCUUCCACCGGCUCCCUUCUCCCAACGGCGACACCUUCUUCGGCAAGCCCUCGGGCCGGUACUGCGACGGGAAAGUGAUCCUCGACUUCAUAGCUGAGAAGUUGGGAUUGCCAUACUUGAGUGCUUACUUGGACUCCAUUGGAGCUAAUUUCCGGCACGGAGCGAAUUUCGCCACGGGUGGUUCCACGAUUGAGCCGCUCGACACAAGAAUAUUCCAGGGAGGAUUUAGCCCGAUCUCGCUUGACAUUCAGCUUCUGCAGUUCGAACAAUUCAAGGCUCGGACGCUCGAGCUUCACCGUGAAGGCAGUUCGUAUGCCGAGACGAAUCUCCCCAUACCUGAAGACUUUGGGAAUGCAUUAUACACGAUGGACGUUGGACAGAAUGAUCUUCACUCUGCUCUGGGAUCAAUGACUGAGAAGAAAGUUCUCGAAUUGAUUCCCAACAUCACAAUGGAAUUCGGUCGAUCAGUGGAGAAACUAUACCAGCAAGGAGCGAGGGCAUUUUGGAUACAUAACACGGGCCCGAUUGGUUGUUUGCCUUAUUCUCUUGUCUUCUAUCCUCCAGAACCGAACAAUGUGGACCGAAAUGGUUGCAUUGAAUCGCAUAAUAAAAUUUCUCGAGAAUUUAAUCGGCAGCUAGAAGAUCAGGUUGCCAAGCUAAGAGUGCAGCUCCAAGAUGCGAAGUUGAACUUCAUUGACAUUUACUUGGCGAAAUAUUCGUUGAUAUCUGACGCCAAGAAGCAUGGGUUUGUGGAUCCGCUUACAUAUUGCUGUGGGCACUAUGGGGAUUAUCGUGUGCAAUGUGGGAAGAAGGCUGUUGUGAACGGAACUGAAAUCUUCGGGACUCCGUGUGAGGAUCCUCUCAAAGUGAUAAGUUGGGACGCCGUGCAUUACUCUCAUGCUGCAAAUAAGUGGGUGGCGGAACAAAUUCUCGAUGGCUCUCUCUCGGACAUACAUGUUCCAGUUGCUGAAUCGUGUCCGGGCCGUGCCAGUCCCUGAUUAUAUACUGAAGCAUCUACAUGUGACCAGGAAUUCAGUGAACAAAGUCUUGAUUGUCAGCUCUUGUUUCCGGAAAUUGAAUCGGCUGGAACAGUGAACAUGUUCAGGGAACAAGUAGAGGGAGAGCUAGCUGAUCGUACAACUCUGUAUCGAGAAAUUCACAGAACAAAUUGUUUAAUCUUGUCAAAUUACAAUCAUCACAUUUUGUUCGCGGAAUUGCUACGAUGACACCAUCUCAAUUUGACAUGGUGAUCCA